UCAUCCCGUCGGAGGAAGGAAGUGGUUCCCUCCUCCCACCCCUUCUCCUAGGGUCGCCGGGGCCGGGAUUCUCGUGAUUCGCGAUUGGCUCCCACGAGCGGGACCUUUGUCCAUCUGCGGGGCUGCGGGAGGCCCAGGCCGGGCUCGGGCCUGCGGAGCGGGCGGAGGCCGGGUUGGGGGAAGCUAGAGACCAACAGGGAGACUGACGGACAGGUGAAGAAACCAAGACUCAAAGAGGCCAAACCACUCGCCAGGGAUCACACAGCUGAAGGAGACAGAGCCAGACGCCCAGAGCUGGAGACGACAGGAACAUGGCCACCUGGAAUGAAAAGCUCCCUACUAGGCAAACCAAAAAAGCAAGCGGAGAUGCUGAUAGCGGUUAUACUGUGGUGAAACCGCCUCACUCCAUCUCAAGAGGGGCUGGAUCAACCCACACGACUGUGCCGGAAAAAACCUUGACGGCCGUCACCCGCAGGGCCAGGGUGCCUCCCGCUGAGAGGAUGAGCAAGUUCCUGAAGCACUUCACCGUCGUCGGGGACGACUACCAUGCCUGGAACAUCAACUACACGAAGUGGGAGAAUGAAGAGGACGAGGAGGACGAGGAGGAGCAGCCGCCUUCAGCGCCGGCGGCGGCAAGCGAGGAGGGCAGAGCUGCUGACCCGGCUGCCACCCCUGUCCCCACGCCCAGGCCCCGCCUAGACUUCAGGACCACUUUGAGGAAGCUCUUUAGCGCCCACAGGUUUCAGGUUAUCAUCAUCUGCCUGGUGGUUCUGGACGCCCUCCUGGUGCUCGCUGAGCUCGUUCUGGACCUGAAGAUCAUCCAGCCCGACAGGAAUAACUAUGCGGCCCGGGUGUUCCAUUACAUGAGCCUUGCCAUCUUGACCUUUUUUAUGAUGGAAAUCACCUUUAAAAUAUUUGUCUUCCGCUUGGAGUUCUUUCACCACAAGUUUGAAAUCCUGGACGCCAUCGUUGUGGUGGUUUCCUUCAUCCUCGACAUCGUCCUCCUGUUCCAGGAACACGCGUUUGAGGCUCUCGGGCUGCUGAUUCUGCUCCGGCUGUGGCGGGUGGCCCGGAUCGUCAAUGGGAUAAUUAUCUCGGUUAAGACACGUUCAGAACGGCAACUAUUAAGGUUAAAACAGAUGAAUCUACAACUGGCCACCAAGAUCCAACACCUUGAAUUCAGUUGCUCUGAGAAGGAACAAGAAAUUGAAAGACUUAACAAGCUGUUGAGACAGCAUGGACUUCUUGGUGAGGUGAACUAGACACCUACCUGCUCCACCCAAAAGGGAAGACCCUGCCUCACGGGCCUGUGCCUGCGAUGAGAAGGACAGCCCCUCUCCUGGGGCCGUGUCAGGGAGACGUCUGGUUUGAUGCCUUUGCCUCACUGCCGCCCAGCUCGGGUUCUGGGGGACACAGUCUUUCAGAGGCUCUUCCUUGGUGUGACUGAGACUGUCCCAUCCCAUUCCCACCCCACACUCUAACAAACGUAUCAGAAACUCUACUUCUCUCGUGUUAAACACUUUACUCUCGCUUGAAAAUGAACGAAGCUGGACAAUUACGAGCUGUAUAUAAAAUUUAAUCUCAUCAAAUGUACAGUUUUCACAUUUUACAUGUAUAUUGAGAAACCAGUGCAUCCUUUCACAUGAACACUUUGAAAGACCAAAAAAAAAAAAAAAGGAAGCUACCUUAGCUACCAGCCCAGUCUAGAAAAGUCUUUCAUAUUUCUAAGUUGUUCUGUCUCACUGCAAUUCCCCCCAAGGAGGUUGUUCUCAGAGCCCAGCCCCCUCCUGUGCACCCUCCAGCUUUGAGCUGGCUCCACCCAGUUCUGCCACCUGACAACAUUUUUCUCAAUUACUGUACAAUUAACAUGUAAAAUAAACUGUCUCCUUCCCUCGGGCCCUCCUACUACUCUUGCCAGCUUCAGCUGCCUGGAAUUGCUCUGUGGCAGCCCACACCAGCCCACUCGCUGGAAGAAGGCGCACUCCCGUGCCUGGGACAGAAGUGGCAAUUAGACCCAAGGCUCCACUGUAAUUACUAUGACAUUUUGGGGAAGAUCCCCUCGUGAGGCCUUGUACUCUACUUGCACGAUUUUAUACAAUAAGUUGCUAUUUUUGUACUCAAUUCAACGGGACCUGAAAAGAAAGAAAACCUGAACUAAAAACAAUGAAUAUUUUAUUUUAAACUCACAUUAAAGCAGGGGGUGAAUAAACUGGAUAAACCCUCAACACCUCGCUACUUCAAGGUCUGUCCUCUUUACUGUCCUCCCAAAUGCGCAGUUUGGUCCCACACUGCGACCUGUGUGUUGAGAGUACUGGACAUGACCAAGGCCAGAUGGCGCCCCUUCUGAAGUCAAACCAAGUAGAAUGAAAUUUCCAAAAGGAGAAAAGAGGGAAGUGAGUGGAGAAGGGAAGUGUGCUGACUUGGGGGCAACCUCAAGGGUUAUAAGCAUAAUAAAGUGGGAUGUCGCCAAGGGACCCUGGGCUCUGCACGUGCUCGAUUCUACAGGUGUGGUGUUGUUUCCUUAAUUAACGACUUACGUCAAACAAAUGGGAAGAAGAAAUUGAAGGGCAGCCUGGCGUUGAUGGCUGGCCGAGCUCUGAAGCCUGCCUCUGCAGGUGCAGACACGUCCACAAAAGUAACCGCAGUGGAAAUAAGAAUCGUCCUUUCAUUUCCUGAGUUGGUCUGUAAUGAAAAGCCAGAGUGCUGAAAGCCCCGCCCCCUAGGGCGUCACCAGGACGACAAAGCUUUCAUCCCUUCCUCAGCCAACCGCUGGCAGUUCAUGGACUUGGUGGAUACUACGUAGGGGGGUUAAUCAGCCUAAGUUAACUCAGAAGAGAGACAAUUUUCACUCAGGUUGUCCUAACACAUCAAUGUCAAUCACAAUUCAGUCUUCACAAGAAUUUUAAAGAUCAAAUCUAAACAAGAAUGCUAAUGUGAAUAAAAGCAUUGUGUUCAGAGGAGUUAUUUUUCUCUAAAAUAUAAUGACUGCUAAAUUGUUUUUAAGAAUGCAGAUUGUUUAAAUUUUAUAAAACAGUAAAUCUCACCUAUCACAA